AUUCAGUGGGAACGAAUGCACAUUUUUCUGCCUUGUGUUCCCGUCUCCAAUGCAGUAACACCAGUGCCGCCCCCGAAGUCAACCUUCGCCCGCGACCCGACUGGUUUAGCACCCUUACAAGAGGAACUUCAGACAAAAAGGGACAAAAGGAACACCAGUGCUCGCCCCCUCACUCAACCUUCGCCCGCCAAGCCGACUGGUUUAGCACCCUUACCGGCGGAGCUUCAGACAAAAAAGGACAAAAGCAACAUCAGUGCCCGUCGCCUCAGUCUAUCUUCGCCCGCCAAGCCUACUGGUUUAGCACCCUCGCAACAGGAGCUUAAGGCAAAAAGUGACAAAAGUGACACCAGUGCCCGCUCUCUAAGUCAAACUUCGCCCGCCAAGCCGACUGGUGUAGCAUCCUGGAGAGAAGAGCUUCAGAAAACACGGCAGAAAAGCAACACCUGUUCCAGCCCCCUUAAUCAUCCUUCGCCCGCCAAGCCAUCUGGUUUAGCACCCUGGCAACAGGAGCUUCAGACCAAAAGGGACAAAAGGCAGGAACCAACCUCACAAUGUGCACGGCCAGCAGAACGCAGUUCAUCCGGUGUGCAAGACUCUCGUCGCCAUGACAGGCCACAGGCAUGCUACGUUAAGCCAGGCUCGCAGAUUUCGUCUAAAAGUGCAGUCGACGAUUCCGAAACUGUACAUUGCACUAUGCCUCGCUCCAUGCGUCACAGAGGCCGGUCAAACACAGUGACGUCACCGCCUGCAAGGCAGCAGGGUCAAUACUCAGGUCCUUUACCGGCACUUCCCAAGGCCGAUGUUCCAUGUCACGUCACGUUUAAUUUCCCGUCCAAGUUUCUUGGCUACCUCAUAACGUGCAACGAGAUGACCAGAAUCAAUGCCAUGGCCAUGCGUCACAACGUGCGUGUCCAGAUAUUGCAGCCAUCAGCGGCGACACAAGGGCGGGGGGAUAAGUCCAACGGUCCAUCUCUCUCGCUGACUGGGCAGUUCGAUGACGUUGUUCAGGUGCGAGAAGGCCUUGAACAGCUUUGCGCGGAGACACAGCAACGCACAAUCCCAUUCCAUAUGAUGCAGGAUGAACUUCUAACAAUGGUGUUUGAAAUGCUACGAACUGUCGAUUCUUUGAAAUUGUACAAGGCGGCUGCAGCGGCUUCAGGGAAGAAAGCCGUGCUUUCCAGUGACUAUGCAGUGCCUGCAGAGUGGGAACCACAGGAUACACAGCUGGAACUGAAAGAGGUGAAUUCAAGUGGAGAUGAAUAUCAUCUAGUCCAAACACUUCUGCACCAAUCCCUACCAUCAGCUCGCAUUCAUCAUGUGGAGCGUAUUCAGAACAAGUUCCUGUGGACGCGAUAUUGCCAAACAAGGGAGAUGCUGAGACAGAAGAACGGAAAGGCUGUAGAAGACAAGCCUCUGUUUCACGGCACACGAACCACAGCUCCAGAAAAGAUAUUCAAGAGUGAAGUCGGAUUUGACAUGCGAUUCUCGGCCAAGGGAAUUUGGGGAGAAGCGAACUAUUUUGCUACUGAGGCCAAUUAUUCUAACGCCUUCGCCCAUAAUCUGCCUGAUGGCAAGAAGCAAGUAUUUCUUGCUCAGGUCCUUAUCGGCGACAGUGUUCAGUUGAAAAAAGACAGGACUCUCCGUGUACCCCCUCUCAAACCAGCAGAGUACUCAGCUUCCUUUGGUGACAUACGCUACGACACAGUGAACGGCGUUACCAAGGGAACACGUGUCUACAUGGUCUACAACAACUGUCAGGCGUAUCCAUUCUACCUGAUCACGUACAGCCAAGGAGAAGAGCGUGAAUGUGCUGCAUAAGUGCCUGCUGGCUGCUGCAGUGUGACAGACAGAGGCUUAUGGUUAGUGAUGCAUGGCUCACAUGGGCUCACAUGGGUCAGCUGACCGCCAUAAUGCUGCUGUGAAUUAUUGAUCUAAGCAAGUAAAGUAGGUUCCUCUGCUUAAAAUAUUCAUAUUUGCUAAUCAUUUUUUUUCAUGAAACUGGAUAAGAGUUGUUUUAAUGUUUUUUUCAACGUGAUUUGCCUUAAGGCUUCUUACUACUUUUAUCUUUGUAAAAAUGCACUCUUCACAGGUCUGAGGGAAAUAUGGACCAGGCAAUUAUUAACCAAUGCUCACUGCUAAAGACAUAUUACUCUAUAUUCUAUGUAAACAGAAAAAGACAUUAAAUUUACGAGAGAGUUUGGAAGCUAAGAGUCCUACGCUAUGUUUUUUUGCCUACCUCAUCGUGAAUUUUAUUAGAACUGAUGGAGAUGUUUUUUCCUUUGAUUGGCUAUAUCAUUGUAUUGCAAAAACGUUUCAAUCAGUUUGAAUAUGAGUUAGGCCAAAGUAUUUGCAGAAUUUAUUCCGGAUUGGUUUUUUCUCUCACUUAAACCGGCUGUCCUCGAAUCGUUUUCAAACCGUUUAUACGAGAAUGGCAAAUUA